AUGGGUGCGCUGAAGCUUGAAGUGAUUGCGAGUUAUUUCGAUCAAGAUGACGACGAAAUCGAUCCGUACGUCGUUUGUGAGGGAGUCUCCGUUACUGCAUUCAAUAAGUAUGUUGGGGACGGCGAAGGACUGCGGAUUCCACUUCGAUUUUUCGUCCUCUAUGAUGGGCGUAUCGUGAUUGUCGAACUUCCAACGGAAGUGCAUGAGAGUACUGCGGCAGAAUUCACGAGCAAAUUCCUCGGUGCGGCAGGAAAUGAAGACGAGAUAGGAAAACGUGGCUAGAUGACAGCGAGAAGAGCUGCCAACCCGAACAAGGAGGCCGAUGCAACAUUUAGAUCGACGCUGAACCGAACACCACUUCCGACACCUCGCACCGUUGCUAAUUGGGUGACAUAGGCUGCAAGACAAAAUUCAUGACGACGCGCAGAUCGACAACGGCGGUUGCAUUUACACCAGUUGGGAGCGCUUGAUUCGCAGGGAUCGACAAGAUCCGGCGCAUGUCGAAGGAGACAUUGGCAGCAGCUCCAGCAGCGUUGUGUCGAAAUGUUCCACUUGCAGUUGGCGCUGGCAGAGUGCCAAGUACGGCGAUGUCAUAAAGCGCGUAUCGCGUUUGAAUACCUUGAGGACUGAUUUUCAACAGCAGAAUAUACUGGAUUCCACUGUAAUUGCACCACCAUUGAGCUGCUGCUUCCAGACUCGCCCAAGUCUGAGAUCUUCCAACCUCCACUGCCUAUGUCACCCAAUUACCAACGGUGCGAAGUGUCGGAAGUGGUGUUCGGUUCAGCGUCGAUCCAAAUGUUGCAUCGGCCUCCUUGUUUG